AUGGCUGGUGGUUUAAGAGAGAUUGGCUUUGUUGCCACCAAAUCUGACAUCUCAGUCUUCAUUAAGGAAUUCAGUGGACUAAAGACCUAUGUGCUUGUGUACGUUGAUGAUAUCAUAGUCACUGGAGAAUCCCCAGAAAUUGUGAGGGAUGUCAUAGCAAAGUUGAAUGCCAAGUUUGCCUUGAAAGACAUGGGAGAUCUCCAUUACUUUCUUGGAAUCCAAGUGAAUAAAACGUGUGAUGGGGGGCUAGUGCUUACUCAACAAAAGUACAUUGGUGAGGUCCUAAAGAAGGCUGGCAUGGUGGGCUGUGCACCGUGUCACACUCCUUUGCCUUCCACAACAAAGAUCACAGCCCUUGGAGGAUCAAGCUUUUGUGAUCCACAGCUGUACAGGUCAAUCAUUGGCAGCCUGCAAUACCUGACCAUAACAAGGCCUGAGAUAUGUUACAGUGUUAACAAGUUGUCACAGUUUGUGCAAGCUCCCCUAGAGUCUCAUUGGAGGCUGGUCAAACGCGUGCUAAGGUAUCUCAAUGGAACAGCCAGCUAUGGCUUGCAUCUGAAACAGGAGAGUUCCAUGGGAAUAACUGCAUACAGUGACUCAGACUGGGCUGGAGAUCCAGAUGAUAGGAAAUCCACCAGUGGCUAUUGUAUAUUUCUUGGAGCCAACCUAAUCUCUUGGGCGUCAAAGAAGCAAACAGUAGUGGCCAGGUCAAGCACUGAAGCUGAAUAUAGAAGUAUGGCAGAGGCAGUAGCAGAGCUGUCCUGGAUAAAGACUAUGAUGAGUGAGCUGUAG